AUGUCAAAACAAGGGAUCGUUCCAUGCUGUUUCCCUGAAGAAAUCUUGCUCCAAAUCUUCUGCAAUCUACCCAUCAAAUCCCUGGGCAAGUGCAUGUGUGUAUGCAAAGCCUGGAACUGUCUCAUCAAAGACACGUCUUUUAUUUCCUCCCACCUCAACAACCAGUUUGAAAAAUGUUCGAGAAACAAUAACCACAACUUGCUCCUUCUUAUAACUAGAGUCCGUGGAGGAGGAGGAUUCAAAUCAGAAUACUUUCUGCACUUUGAUGACCAAGAAUUGAGUGAGUACACUCAGCUGCAAUACGGCCCACUAUAUUAUCAUGAUGUUGUUGGUUCUUGCAAUGGAUUGCUUUGUUUGGUGAAUUUGUCAUCAAGUACCAUUCGCAAGUUCAUGUUAUGCAACCCCAUUAUUAGAAAGUGGGUUCGACUCCCGAGACCACGUCUUGGUAAAUGGCCAUGUCAAGCUACUUUUGGGUUUGGAUUUGAUUCGAGAAGGAACGACUAUAAAGUUUUGAAAAUCACCAAGAAUUCUGUGACAAGCAAUAUUGAGGCUGAGCUUUACUCACUUAAAAAAAAUCUAUGGGAAAUACUAGCUCCACCAAAAUAUGAUCUUUAUUCCGUUGAUUACAUGUUUUUUGUCAAUGGAGUUGUUCAUUGGAUCGGUUUUGAGAGACUGGAUGAUGAUGGACAGAGUAGCAUUAAGUGUUUGCUUUUGGGGUUUGAUAUGAGUAAUGAGGUAUUUAAGGAGAUUAUCUUGCCCGAGAGUUUGAGUAAUGUACCUCACAGUCACCGCUCAAGGUUGUCACGGUUGUAUGUCGUUCCAUAUGCUGAAUUGUCAUCAAUUGCAGUAAUUGAGGACUGUUUUGAUGGGGAACGUACUAUAUGGGUAAUGAAAAAGUAUGGUGUGAUAGAGACAUGGACUAAGUUGUUCCGUUUUGGAAGAACAGAAACCAGACAUGUCCCAAGAGUUUUGUGGCUUAGGAAAAAUGGGGGUUCCAUGCUGACGGCCAGUAGAAACUGGCAGGUGUUUUCUCACGACGUGGAGAGCAAUGAAAUUCAGAACCUGGAAAUUCAGGGAGAGGUCUUUUAUGUUUUUAGUUAUGUGGAGAGCCUAGUAUUUCUUGACCAAGUAAUUGAUGCUAGGAGUAAGAUUAAUGCUAGUGAUGAAGUAACUGAUGAUUCAAGUGAUGACCAAGUAGUUGAUGCUUGGAGUGAGAGUAAUGCCAGUGAUGAAACAACUGACGAUUCAAGUGAUGACCAAGCAAUUGAUGCUUGGAGUGAGAGUAAUGCCAGCGAUGAAACAACUGACGAUUCAAGUGAUGAUGAAGAAGAUUAUAUAAGAAGCUCACAUUGA